AGUAUGUGCUAUGCUGACUGGGACGUUACCUUUCACUGUUGAGCCGUUAACAUCAAACAGCUGCAUCAGAAGAUGGUCAAUGGAGAGAUAGGAACCAUACCCAAUGAUAUCAGCAAAGGUGCGGUAGGUUUCGUCCUGUCCCUGUUGGAACCAGAGCCUUCUAAACGGCCGACAAUCAGAUCAGCUAUGGAGGAGAAAUGGAUCAAUGAGGGCUACACCAGAAAACCUUUACACACACUCACACCACAGGAACAGGCUGCGUCCUGAGGAUCUGAACCAAUCGGUGCUGUCCUACAUGACAGAGUCUCUGGGUUACAGUCUGAGUGAUGUCACCACCAUGCUGACCAAUAACAGGCCUUCUGCCAUCCUGGCCUCCUAUCAGCUGCUGCUCAGCAAACUGACCCGCGGAGAGAAAGGGGCCAGAGGCAUCAAGAAGCUGGACACCAGUGAAUGGAACCUGCCCAGGAAAACCACCUGGAGAGAGAAGAGCAACCCUGCAGCCAGGACACAGCAAGAU